AUGGCCACAAUUUCAAAAAAGAACCAUGCCGAUUACUCGGAUUUUAAUGAAUUCACUAGUAGAGAUGAAACAUUUGAGAUGCUUCUAAUGUCCUACGAAAGUUUAUGCGAGGAUCAAAGAGACUGGGUGUGUAAUUUGUCUAAUGCAGCUUCCUUAUUAUGGCAUGCUUACAAGUCCCUUAAUGUUGAAGUUAUUUGGGCAGGAUUUUAUAUUGUAAGGAGUGGUAAACCUCUAGAGUUAUUAUUAGGACCAUUCCAGGGUAAAGUGGCUUGUCAAAGUAUACCUUUUGGUCAAGGAGUGUGUGGUUCUGCAGCUGCUACUCAAGAGACCCAGCUUGUUUCAGAUGUAAGUAAAUUUUCAGGACAUAUUGCCUGUGAUGGUGAAACGAAAAGUGAAAUUGUUGUGCCAAUUUUAUCAAAUGAUGGUAAAACUCUUGGGGUUAUUGAUUUGGAUUGCGGCGAUUUUAAUGGAUUUGGUGAGUCGGACAAGAUUUAUAUGGAAAGAUUGGCCACUUUAAUUGGAAAAACGUGCGAUUUUUAA